UACUUGUUUCAAUUAGAUCUCAUUGUAAUUUUAUUUGAAUAAGAAUUCACUUGCUAUUCUGUUAUUGAAAUAUAAAAUCAAAAUAGAUUCAUGCAUUCGUUAUUGUAUCGUAUUUGGUUCAGGUAGGUAUGUUAUGCAGCCAUAUUGCAACACAGUACACCACGAGCUUCCAAAAUUGAGUUGUGUGUUCGAUUAUUAGAGGGAUCAUAAUAAAUUUUGGUGUGCACGUCAUUAUAAUUUUUUUCAAGAAAAUGAAAUAAAUGGUGCACAGGAAAAGAUAGGGUUGGGGAUGGUAAACAAAUGAGAAGGAAUUGGCCGCAAGAUGGCAGCAGUCACAAAUAUUGAUUUUUGUUUUCAGAGGCCGGACUGGCGACGGCGGUCAGCGAACCGUUGAUUGGACAAUAGUCGCAAUACCCCGGCGGUAAAUGCGAACGCCACAUCGUGUAUAAAAAGGCAGAAAAAAGCGGUGAGGAGUCAUUACACGAAUGCACACUGCUCCGGUCUGAUCUUCAACUCGUUAUCAGCUCAUCUCAUCAGUAAAACAUCAUGUCUGGAAGAGGAAAGAGAGGAAAGGCCCGAACCAAGGCAAAGACUCGCUCAUCCCGUGCUGGUCUUCAGUUCCCAGUGGGACGUGUUCACCGAUUUCUUCGAAAGGGCAGCUAUGCACAGAGGGUAGGCGCUGGAGCACCCGUCUACAUGGCUGCAGUAUUGGAGUACCUGACUGCCGAGAUCUUGGAAGUCGCCGGUAAUGCUGCUCGUGACAACAAGAAGUCUAGGAUCAUCCCUCGUCACCUUCAGCUCGCCGUACGCAACGACGAGGAACUGAACAAACUCUUGGGUGGUGUGACAAUCGCACAAGGUGGUGUACUGCCAAACAUCCAAGCCGUGUUGCUUCCAAAGAAGACCGCUAAAUCAAGCUAGUUUGCCUCGGCCGGCGAACCCCCAUUUUCAACGGCCCUUAUCAGGGCCACCAAGUAUUCACGAAAGAAUCGUUGUUGUUUUCUUUUCAUUGGUAUCCAUCCCUCUUUCUCCCUCACUAACUCUAUACAUACAGAUAAGGUAAAUGACGUUACGGAUAAGAAAAAUGAAUAAUGACAAGUAAAUUAGAAGUAAAAUGAUGUCAAAUAAAUAAAUGAAUAAAAAAAAUAAGCAGGGUUCAGGGAGGCUCAUCAAGUUAAUUUGAAUAAAAUUCACCAAAACUUAGUAACAUGAAAUUUCAAAUAACGGGGUUGCACUGGAAGGGAAAAUA